GCCCGAUACAGUACAUCACAUCAUACUUUACUGACUAGCUGACGCUGUGAACUGUUUCUUUCUUCGAACUCUUCCAGUACUCACAAGAUGUCUCAUGAAAUUUCUGAUGUGCUCACAAACGUUGCUCUCCCAAAAACCAAGGCCACUAUAACUCUUCGGGUAAUCAAAUCCUUCGAAUACCGCACGGAACGCAGUCUCGUCUUACACAUGUUGAACCUUGAAAUCACAACAGUUGGCGAGCUCAAGGAUAUGGCUCGGCGAGCUAUUCAGACUGGUUCAGGAUGGAAGCCGUAUCGGAACGUGCACCUAGAUACACUCAAGCUGUACACCAAAGCUCACGGUGCGAAGACGACCAAUCUGAUCAUCAAUAUGGACCAUGAUGACUGGAUUUUCGACGAUGACACCUGUACCCUAGCUGAACUUGGCAUUGAAAACGAGACAGAGAUCAGCUUCUUUAAUCACGUAGCCUACAGUGCCUACAAGGAAAAUCCCGAAAUUCGAUGGGACAUUCCUCAGUAAUGCAAAGUGCUAACCCAGAAAGUGUCAAUGAAAUGAAAAUGCGUAUUAAAUGUAACGAGUGUAACAACAAAUGCCAGUCUCUAGCGCAACAAAUAUCAUGCUAAUCAUGCUAAUCGACAUGCACAAAUCACUGAUUUGCGCACUGAACACGAGGCUCUCCUUCAUGGUCCUCCUCCAUCGACUCAUCUGACAUAGCAUUUGCCUUUGAUCGCGCGUCGGGCUCGUCUAGAU